AUGUCAGCAGAUACGGAAAUGUUGCGUUCUUACCAGCUGAAGAAUGCAUAUACAAAUGGACACAGAUGUGAUGUUCAGAAGAGUGAAGACUCAGGUCCUGAGGUACCAGUGUGUAACGCCGAUGUGAACCUCAAGGACACGCCCUCAAGGGACUGGGAUCCAGAUGUGUCCGCACUUAUCACCUCAACAAAAUGGCUUUCCACUUUUGGCCUGAAGAAAAAUCGCUUAGAUUUUAAUAGUUUGCUCUCGACAAUUGGAUUUAAACACAGUGAUGAUUUUGAUGGGGUCUUGAAGAGACCAGUUUCUUCUCGAUAUGCCAAUACCCUCAAUCGCAUCUUCAGACCUGAUGGAAAAACAUUUAAUAUCACUGCUGAUAAAGGCCUCAUGAAGAUGUUAGAAGCCAGACUGAUACAGGCGAUCAUGUUGUACAAGCGGAGACUGGACUGGUUGACCUCAGAGAGUCGGCGUAUCUUUGGUGUGAUUACAGAGAAGUGUCCAGUGAUCGUGAUUGACAUCAGGAACAUGUCCCCACAACAGUUUGACCAGUACCGGUCAGCCCUGGAGAGGGUGCUGAAAGAGCAGGUUAAGGAGCUCACCAAGUUUAACAUCAUUAGAGCAGUGGAAGAUAUUGAAAUGUACAACAAGGAUUGUCUCCCUGUCACUCAUGAUACAAUUGAGGGUGCUGUACAGUGGUUAUGGGGCUUAAAUCGGUUAGCCCCAAUUUCAAAAACUGCCACCUGUGAAGCUGUAGUGAAGGCCCUUCAGGAUAGGAAUGCUGAGGCUGUAUACUUAUUCACAGAAGGUGCUGCAGUGGAUGGAUCCAGGGAAAUCCUGAAGGAAAAGAUAUCCAAACUACAAGUGAAGACCCCGGUACAUGUGAUUUCCUACAACUGUACAGAUUCUGACACGAUCCGUUAUCUGAAGGACCUGAGCAAGUUCACAGGGGGAAAGUUCCACGCUUAUGCUAUCACAAUGGAGAUGGAUAUCUAUGAGGGAAUGCCAGUAAAUCCCAAAAACAGUCGUGCUAACAUCGUGCUGAAGAGGAAGGCGUACGGUGGGGUCCCUCCCGGGGCUGGUGUCAGAGAUGAUGUUUUGCUGAUCUUUGAGGAACUGGAAACAGCCCGUAAUAACCUAGAGCAGGUUCAAGCUGUCCUUCAAGGGCUCCCUGAACCAAAACUUACAUUAGAAUCAAAAAUCUCCAAGCAGGAAUUUAAACUAGAGAGUCGAGAGGAGUACCAGAGUUCAGCAGCUUGGCUGAAAACCUAUGGCCUGGGGGCUCAGAAGUUGGGUCUGUUUGACAUCCUGGGUGGGGUAGUCUUCAAACACCAGGAUGGGGUGGUGAAUGUGCUGGAGAAGCCCUGCCAUGGUGGUCAGACAGAUGCGGUGAGUCAUGAGAAGUUGAUCAAUGCCCAUUACUGUGAUCGAUUCCCCGUAGUGAAGUGGAAGGAUGGUUUUCUGGUUCACGUUCAGGUCUCACCAGAGAUUCAUCGCAGCUAUGAGCAAAAGAUGAGAAUUGCUUUGCACAAAAUUCAACAAAGAAUUGACUGGCUAAGCCAGGGUAGCCGUGAACUGUUUGGGACAGUGUUAGAGGAGCAGAUCUACAUCUUGAUUGACACUUCCAGCUCUAUGGUCCCUCACCUGCAGUUUGUCAAGGAUAAGCUAUUUCUGCUCUUACAGGAGCAACUACGUCACAAGAUGAAGUUUAACUUGGUGAGUUUCAACUCCCGUGCAUCCCCAUGGCGAGAUCGGCUGAUGGAUGUCACAGAGAGGAACCUGCAAUCUGCGUGGUCAUGGAUACAGGGGCUGACGUGUCAGGGGUCAACUAACACGUACAAUGCCCUACAAAUAGCCCUGUCUGAUAACCAGACCCACGCGAUAUACCUGCUGACAGAUGGAAGACCAGACCAGCCUCCAAAGUCUGUGAUCGCUCAGGUCCAAAUGCAGAACCGAAUUCCCAUCCACACUAUCUCCUUCAACUGCAACGAUGUCACAGCCAAUCAGUUCCUUUGUGAGCUGGCUUCUGUCACCAGGGGGCGCUUCCACUAUUUCAAUGAGACUGGCAUUGAUAUGGAUGUACCCAACAGAUAUGAGUCCGAGGACAUUCGCAUGUUAAAAGAGGAGUACAGUGAAGGUCUGAAGAACUUGGAGAAGGUAGCUGAGUUGAGAGACCAGUGCUUGUCCCUGGCCUGGAAACAAGAUACGGAUGAACUGAGGAAGUCAAAGAACAGGACAAUUGGUCAACUGAGGAAAUCUUGCACAGUGUCUGGAAGUGAGUUUGCUCAUGAGCGUUUGUCUGCACGUCCCAGAAGUGCCCCUCCCAGGGAAAGCCGGAUAAGCCCCACCCCUCCUAGAGGAAGCCAGCUGAGCCCCACCUCUCCCAGAGAGAGCCAGCUAAGUCCUGCACCUCCCAGCAGAUCCUCCUCUGCCCUGGGCACGUAUCAGCAGCCAUCCCCCUCACAGAGCCCCCGUAUGUACUCUGUCAAAUUCUCACGCAGACCACCCACUGCCACUCACACACGGACAAGCUUAUUACGCACACUAAGCAGUAGUGGCCGCUUCACUCCUGAUGCUUGGCUCCUCCCUGAGACCAAAGACGUGCUGGACCGACAGACAAACAGACAGACGCGCUCACUAGAUCUAGAUGUUCCAGAUGGAUACAAAAGGUUUAAAGAUAUCCUAGAAAAUAGAGGCCUAACUGUUAUUCAUAAAGACGAGUCUAAAAAGCGAAAAAAGCGACAACGCAAAAAAAACAAUCUGACCAGUGACCAGGACUUGACGGUCAAGCAGUGGCUGGGCAAACAUGGCCUGACUGCCAAAAAGCUGACCAUGCUGGACGCCUUGGCCCCUACAAUUGUCCCACAUAAAGCCAAAUAUGUGCCCAUUCUGGACAAGCAUGUUCUGGCUAAGGUCUUUAACAAUGUUCUGCCCCUAGCUCAUGUUUCUGGUCGAGAUACCAAGCAGAUCCAACUGAUCAGCCCAACAGGUGUUAAUCUGGGAGCUUAUGAGGAGAAACUAGAACAGAGCAUCAACCUGUAUGAACGAAAACUUGAUCAGCUUGUGUGGGAUGCCUUGCCAGAUGAAGUGAAGGCAGAGUUUGAAAGCAUAGAACCAGUGUCAUUUGCCAACAACAAGAUAAAACUGAUGAAAAUUUUGAAGGAGUUAAAUUGGCCAGUGACUUCCAAGGACAUAGCCUUAUUAGAAGGGGAGAUAAUCCGUGGUGAGAAGUUUUUACAGCAGUCACGUGACCUGCAACGAGUUGCUACAGAGCAUCAAGAGAAACAGUCGCAUCCCAAAACAACAACAACAAGGGGACAUGAUUCAGAGGAGAGGGAUGAUGCAGAUGACAAAGAUUAUAAAGAUGAAGAUAAAAAAGAAACGGAGAAGCUUGACAGUGAUAAAGAUGUGGAUGACCAGGAGAAAGGUGAACGUGAUGUGUAUGAGGAAGAAGCCAGGGUAGCAUCUGUGCUGGCCAAGGAACUUGAACAUCAGGGCCUGAGAGAUUCCGCUAUGAUGAAGAAAAGAGAGAAAAGUGAGAGUCAGAGCAGAAGAAAGGGUUUAGGUGGGAUGAGUGGACAGAAGGUGAUAGCACGUAAAGAGGCUGAUGGACACUACUACCCUGGAAUGGUGAUAAAGCGUGAUGGGUACAGACGAGCUGUGGUAGAGUUUGACAACAUGUCUGAAGAGACGGUACUCUUGCGACACAUCAUCCCUACAUCAGGGGCUUUACCAUGUCCCAUUCUUAGGAUAGGGGACUACGUACUAGUCCGUGUUGUUAACACUGAGACUGAGGAUGAAGUGUACAUCCCCGGGAUAGUACAAGUCACCCCACGCCGGAUAGCCGACAGUGCAAAGUUCUACACCAUCCUAACCUACAACAAUCAAAGGGUUAGCACAAUGAGGAGCUACAUGGUGAAAGUGACAAAAGCUAGAUUUGAGUUGUGCUGUCGUUAUAUCCGGCUUAAAAUCACAGAGGACAGUGAUAAAAUCAAGCAGACAGCUGAUACAGGGACAGGUUCUGACCUCGAAAAUAAUGAGCUGAGUCCAAGAGAGAAUAUAGAUGAUCUUCUCAACAGAAUAGAAGAUCAGGACGGUUUGAUUCAAGAACACGAAAGGGAACUGAGGGACCAGAAUACCAAACUGGUGCGACUCAAGAAAAAAAUUAGUUUGCUGGAGAAGAUUAUUGAAACAGACAAGAAACAGAAAGAGCCUGCAGGUUAUGAGGUUCCAGGUACAAAGGAUGAUGAGAUGUCACAGCCUAUCCUGGCCUUGCGUCAUUCCCUGCCCCGUCUUACCACAGUGGGAGAGGAGGUACUGGCAAGAUGGCAGGAUGAUGGCUGGUACUACCUAGGUACCCUUGUGCGCCCUGAGGGGGACUACUCUUACGUGAUCAAGGACUGUGGGGGCGCUGAGGAGAUAGUAUGGAGAGAGGACAUCAUCACAGACUCUGAUUUGUGGAAACAGACGACCAUGGACAAGAACUCUGGCAAAGUUUUGUCAUUCCACUCAGAGUUAAAGACUUCAUCAAAAGUGGUGGCCCUGCACCCCGAGUUUUCCUUCAGCUAUGCCCCUGCCACUCUCCUGGAGGCCGCCACAGACAGCGCUGUGUCCCUGCAGUUCUAUGAUGGGGUACAGGCCAAAGUAGACCUUGAGAACGUCUACUACCUGCCUCCAGAGAAGUUCACGACAGACGUGAACUACAUUAAAAAACAGGAGGAUUCUAAGAUCAACAAAGUUGUGAUUGCCCGAAAUGAUAACACUGGGCUGUAUGAAGAAGGAAAAAUCCUUGAAAAGCUGGGUGACAGCAGUCAGUUCGUGAUCCAAGGUUCAGAUAGAUGGGUACAGAAAAGUAUGUUUAUUUUUGGUGAUUUCACAAAACGCUAUCGCCUUUAUGUUGGUGACCGUGUGCUAGCACUGGCUAACCCCAGAAGAUGUAUCUACAAGCCGGGCCGGAUUGAAGCAGUUCACGGCGAUCAUUUUACAGUUCGCUUUUAUGAUAACACAGUGUUGAGUCCCAUCAAGGAGGAGAACAUGUACUGGCUGUCAGAAACCUUCUACGAUGACGCUGUCCGUACAAUCCACGCUAAGACAUCAUGAAGUCGUGCUAGUGCCUAUUAUGCUUCACCAGGAUGUUCUUGCUAGCUUCCGCUUGAAAAAACGCCUUCCUUGAUGUUAGUCUGUGUAGUCAGUAGCUUUGAGAAAAAUUUUAUCCUUGCAUUAGUGUGUAUCAAGGAAAAGUUUGAUAGAACGUCAUACUCACAUUACUAAGGCAACUUGUGCAAAUGAUGUAAAGCAGAUGUGUGUGUUCUGUCAGUCAGCCUUUUAAACCAGUGAAUGGAGAUAUAGCAUGUAAAUAAUUUGGUGUGUAUCUACGGUAGCCUAUUUUCAUUUGAAAUGGCUUUCAAAUUUGUGAACAUCUCUUAAUUUAGAAUUAGCAUAGCUAACAUAUGGGAAACAGUAACAGAUGGUCAAAAAUGUAACUGUUAGAAUGUGAAUUGGCUGCUAUCAUGAAAACAUAGCAAUGUACUUCUGACAGCUCCUUCCUUACCCUGCAGACUCAGAAUUCUGUAAAACUUAUUAUCCUUUUAAGUUAUGAGGCUUCUAAACACACUUUAUUUAAAAAGAAGUGUUUUCAAGAUUUAAAUGUGAAACAGUACAGGACAGUCCAAUGUGGGGGAGUGGGCUCUAGUGUAGUGGUUUAAGACCGUUUGCCCUUUAAUUGGUUUGACGUGAGGUGCAGGUUCAAAUCCCGCUAUGGACAGGGAAUUUAUAGAUUCCCCUAACUCUCACUGCUUACAAGGCCUUAGGGACAGUGAUCAAUGGAGUAUUUCUGUUUGUGCAUUCUAACAUGUCUCCCACCGAGGUGAUCUGCAUAUUUGUCACGUUAAAAAUUGUCAGUAACUUACCGUCGGUGGUUUAUGCAGCUCAGUAUGGGUUUCCUCCACCAUAAAACCAACUGCCAUAAAACUGUCUAAGCAAAACUUUCUUCACUAAGCAAUAAUCAAGUAAAUAAAUGAAUUAACACCCAUUGGCACACAGAAUACAUGCAUUGAGGGCUUUUUUAUUUUACAAAGCAUUCAUUCAGGGCAUUUUGUUAGACAAAGGUAUCUAGAUCAGUUUUUCAUAGACUUAAUUGAUGAGUUAACAUGACCUAAUGGCAUUUUAUUUCGGUAUAAUGGUUUCAGGGAAAAGUUACAAAAAGGCGGACUAGAAUUUGAAUGCAGACUUAGUAAUUAUUUCUCCUUACUGAGGGCUUGUGCUUCUUGUAUUAAGUCUGAUAGGAUUUUUAACAGUUUAUCCCAAUGCAACGGAUCUCUUCAACAGGAAUUUUUCAGUAUGUUAUCAUGCAUGGUUAUGGGAAGUAUUUUCAUAUCAGAUUUCCGUCCAGUGUCGAUAUUUGAAGUUUUAUUUUGUUAGUAAAUGUGAACUUAAUUAGUGUGCUAGAUCACGUGUUGUUGUUUACAAAUUACACAUGUAUUUUUAAUCUGUUAAAGUUUUUUAAUAAUAAUUUUUCUAUAUACAUAUAUUUUAGAUACGAUAGUAACUUGCAAAUCGUCUACAUUGGUACCAAUAUCCCAUAUUUUGAUGUUCUCGUCUUUAGAAUUUUUGUCAUUUUAGGAUGUUUUUAGGCCAUAGGUCUUGACAAAAUCUGGUUUAAGUUAAAGGCCAUAGGUACAUUUGUUGUUUUGAAUAUGUAAAAGUAUAUAAUUGUAUGCAUGAGGUGAAAUGGUCAUUUCAUACGAGUGUCUUUCUACAUGUGACAAAGUAAAAGCUGUAUAUUUAUUUUGCCUAAUAUUUUGUCCAUGACUGCUGCUUUGUGCAGGAUUCUGAGAAUUCUAUUGAUCUUGGAAAGGUGUUGAGAGGUUUGUCUUUGAUGUAGCUUGAAACCCUACUAGAAAGAUGUAUGCUUGAACAUCAAAAGUAAUACUUUAUGACCUUUAUUUGCCAUAACAGUGCACUUUUGGAGGCAAGUAGGCUUUAUGUAUAUGUAUGCCAGUGUUUUCUGGUCGUCAUGACUGCAAGUAUGGCACUUGUGUGAUCAGUCGUGUCAACGCUUGUGAACUGUGAUACUUACAUAGGCAAAAUAAAUCAUCCAUGAAGUUGUUGAA